AUGCGUUUCUUUUACCACAAUGUGAUUGGCAGCAAAGCCAAAGAUGUAUCUAUAAACAAAACUAGAAAGAAAAAAUCCAGUGCGAGCAACGGAGUAGACACAUUGGUGACUUCAACUGGGCGACGCCAUUCUGAAAGUAUAGAACCCCUUACCCCAGACCUUCAGGAUACUGCUCCAAAGAAGAAAAAAAAGAAAAAAAAACUAUCAGCAGAAGCUGAAUUGGAAACCUCCUUCACCCAGCAGAAUGCUUCUGAUGUGUGCAAUUUCUACACUGGACCGGAUGAUGAAGUUUCUCGGAAAAUCAAGAAGAGAACAAAGAGAACACGGCCUGCUGGCUACAGCAAUGAACUUGAAGUGGAUGAAGAGGACAUUAUCAGUGAGGGGCAGGUUCCCCGACCCCAAGGUCCUAUUUUUGCCAUAUCAGCUGGUUCCAGCCAGCAAGUGGACAAAGUCUUUCUGGAACGAAGCCGUCGAUUUCAGGCCACAGACAGGUUGGAGAUACAGAAAUCUGCUGAGCAGGUUGAUGUGUACAUGGAGGUCAAGCCCACCUUGACAACCAGAGAUGUCUCUUUACAGGUACACCGUGGAUUUAGGAUAAUUGGGCUUUUCUCACAAGGGUUUCUGUCUGGAUACAUGGUGUGGAAUAUCAUUGUAGUUUAUGCACUGUCGGGUAACGAUUUCUCUGAACUCCCAAAUCUACUGCAACAGUACAGCAUGUUGGUCUACCCAGGACAGUGUCUCCUGUACAUGCUGCUUGCCAUCAGCACUGUCUCUGCAUUUGACAGGGUUAAUUUAGCUGAUGCAACAAUGACAGUGCGUAGAAUUGUGACACUGGAUCCUGCUGCAUUGGCCUCUGUCUUGUACUUCAUAGCUCUGGUAUUAUCACUGAGCCAGCAGAUGCCCAGUGACAGGCUUAACAGACACCGAUUCACAAAAGAAUCCAAUUUCACUCUUUGGCCUUCUGGAUCAGAGUUUCAGAUUCUGCACCCUUGGGUUGUAGUGAACCUUGUAGUGAGCAUCUUGGUUGGACUGGCCUGGAUCUUCCUGUCCUAUCAUCCUACGCUUGAUUAUACUGAAGAAUCAGAGUUUGCAUCACACAUGAAUGACAUUGGUGCACCUGAUGAGAAAAUUAAAGCUCAAGCAUAAAAUGUGAGCCUUUAAUACUGAAGGUGCGUGGAACAUUACAUCAAAAUGGUCUGGCUACAAGGGACUUUGAAUUCCUUUUUGUUUGGUUUUGUGUGAUGAAAAUUGUAUGGUGCAGAUGUCCAUGCUUAUGCUUUCAUCCGAAGUCAAUUUUCAUCUCUGUUGAAAAGAUGUCCACAUCACACAUUAUGUUCCAGUAUGAAUAGUCCAGUGGAUGUCAGUCGACUUUUGAAGCUACGAAAAGUUCCUUCUGAAACUUGGAUCAACAUAUACGUUGAGUAUGCUACUGUGGGUGGCCUCCAUCUGUGUUUGCUGUGACUCUUUUGUGUGGGUGUGUCUUAAAUUUUUUUGCAUCUUUGCAACGAAAGCCUGAAUCACCUGCUCAAUCUCUUGCACCCAGAUGUAAGAUACCAGUAAGAAUAAACAUUCUCUUGUGGAGUAAAAAUUGAGGCUGACCACUAAUACAAGUACAACAUGUCGCUAAAAGUAUGGAAAGGGGUCAUUUUAUACACAGAGUGUAUGCAAAAUCGAUUUUUAUUUGGGGCUGAUAUCUUCUACUGGGUCAACUUAUACACCCUUAUUUACUAUAAUAUUAGAUUGGGUGUCAAGUAGCAUUGUAUACUGUCAUUUGUAACUAACGCCCACGUUCAGACACUGCUCAGAUCGAGGGAACUGAAGUUUGAUUUGCCAGUUUCAGCAGAGUUUUUUUGAAUGCUUAGCACUGAUUCACAACCCUAAAUCAGCACACCUUUUUUUCUUUGUUUCAUGUGUGGAAUGUGGGCAUCUCCUUAAAUCAACUUUGCCAUCUUAGCAAAGUUAUUAGAUGCCUCGUGUGGAAAACAGUUUUAAAAAUAAAACAUAUUGAUGUAAUAAGGGCUGCAGUUCUGAGACUGACAUGGAGACACAAAACUUUGUACCUGCCCUGGGAAUGCUUGAUGGAACAGUGGUCAAAAAGCUUUACUCAGUAUCAAUAUCCAUCUGUACCUGCCCUCAGGAUGUUUGAUGGGACAGUAUGGAGGGAGAUUUGCACUAACUCUGCAUUGUACCUGUCCUGAGAGCAUUUGUUAGAAUAGUGUAGAAGGAGCUUAAUUCUAUUUAAGCUUUCACAAAUGGAAAAGUCUUUUCAUGUUCCCCAGCAAAGUUGUGAGGAGGUGCAGAGCCCAGUGCUCAGUGACAGUUUAAGUGGCCUGCCUAACUUGUGUUUUGGCAGCUCCCAACAAAGUAAUCAAGUGGAAAACAGAAGCAGUAAAACUGCCAUCUUCAAUAUGUGCCUCCAAAAGUGAAACUGUUGGCAGCUAGUCACAGAGUAAUUAUCAAAACUGCCAGGGAGCUGUAUAAAGUUAAGCCAAGCAGCUGUGGUAGUUUGAACUUGAGAAGAUUUCUGAAUAGGGUAGAGGAAAUAUAAGGUUGCUGUGCAGCAUAUCCCUUCCAGGGGAAGUCCAGCAGAAUCAGUCAGAGUUUCAGGACACGUACAACCUGUGAGCCUCAUUCACUUGAUGAACGUGAAUUGUCUCUUAAAUGAAAGGAAUGUUUAUCCAAAAUGACUCCUGAGAUGGAUUCUCCUUUAUAGCAUCAAUAUUCAGUCUUGCAAAUUAGUCUUUGCCAUGAAACCCUAUGUCGCUACUCAUUCAGGUUACUAUUACCAACAAAGCUUGACGUUCUGAUUUAGGGUUUACUCAUUACUAAGUUAUUGCCUGAAAUAAAACAAUAAUAUAAAGACAAAAUACAACUAAGUGAUCUGGCAAACUAGAGCCAUAGUUAGUACACAGUUAGCUUUAGAGUUUCUAAUUGUUUAUAGAGAGGUCUUGGAAUGCAUUGGGUUACAUCUUUCUUUGUGAACCAGAGUGUGUUUGAGUCCCAAGUGUGGAAUCAGAACCUGUCUCCUUGGGUUAUUUUUGGUGAGAUCGUGGAUUUGUAGGAAGAAUUGAAAAGAUGAGUUACAGGCAUAAGCCACAGCUCAGAUCUUAUUAAUCAGAAGAUCUUAGAUUCAAGUUCCACAAGAGAAAUUCGUAUAUAAAGUUCAUGCUAAUACUGCUGUGUGGUAGGUGAACAUGAAAAAUCCUUCAGUACUAUAGUGUCUCAGCCAAAACUUUAUUCAACAACUGAAAUCAAUAAAUCAAAUAGGUAAUUUGUUAUUUCUGUUCUGGAAUCUUGCUGUGCACAAUCUGGCUGCUGUGUUUCUUACACCACAACAGUAACUUCAAAAGUGCUUCAUUGGUGUAAAAUUCUUUGUAAUUUUGAGAUUAAAAAUACAAGUUCUUAUAUUUCAAACAAAAAUUUGAGAUAAGCUUUUUAAUCAUGAUAAA